AUGCUCUUAUUGAAGAGAGUGAUACAAAAGCAGCUGUGGUUCCCCGCACUGGUUUUGCUCUGGCUUCAUCACUGCCCAACACAAUUACUCCUCGAUCAAAUUGGACAAACAUCAAAACGAAACCUCAUCAAAAUGACCGACCAAGAUGCGAAUGUCGUAAGCCAAGCCCCUGUCGACGAGACUCCCAUUUCGCCCAGUCGACCCAACCCAGCCAGGAAGAACUCGCUCGAGCACCACCUGGCGCAUCGCCCAGAUCGCCAGGAGCUCAUUAAUAAAAACAUCCUUCCCGCCUCAACCGCAGCGCCGGCUAUCCAAGCCCAACAGAAAGAGCUCGAGAAACACAUGCGUGCCGACUCCCUCAAUGAAAAGAUCGCCCAUCGCCCUGCGCCCGAGACAAUGUUGGAGAAACACAUCAUCCACGAGGACCCCCGUUCGCCCGAGGACAAGUACGCCGAGGCUAUCGAGGACGAAUAUGCUAAGAGGGAGGGCGGUGCGUAGGGAGAGUAGUGGUCUGGUAGGGUAUCUUGUUCCCAUGUGAAACUAGGGUUGACCCCAAGAUGGUAUCAUCGGCAGUCACAAAU